AUGUUGGACUCUCCUUCAUCUUGUUCUUCUUCAAACAUCAUUAAUCUCUCCAAAACCAUCAUUCUUAUUCUUUCAUUACUACUCUUCUUCGGACUUCCAAAAACAAACUCACUUUUCUUCAACAUAACAAACUUCGACGACCCAACUGUCGCUAACAACAUCUCAUACCAAGGUGACGGAAAAUCAACCAACGGUUCCAUCGAUCUCAACAAAGUAAGUUACCUUUUCCGUGUAGGAAGAGCAAUAUACUCACAGCCUUUACAUUUAUGGGACAAAAACACUAAAACUCUCACUGAUUUCACUACAAGUUUUACUUUCACCAUUGAUAAAGUGAAUGAUACUUCCUAUGGGGAUGGUUUUGUGUUUUUUAUUGCUCCAUUGGGUUAUCAGAUUCCACCUAAUUCAGCUGGUGGUGUUUUUGGUCUUUUUAAUGCUACUACUAAUAGUAAUUCUCUUAUGAAUUAUGUUGUUGCUGUUGAGUUUGAUACUUUUGUUGGGGCUACUGAUCCACCAAUGAGACAUGUUGGUAUUGAUGAUAAUUCUUUGACUUCUGUUGCUUUUGGGAAAUUUGAUAUUGAUAAGAAUCUUGGUAAGGUUUGUUAUGUUUUGAUUGAUUAUAGUUCGGAUAAGAAGAUGUUGGAAGUGUUUUGGUCUUUUCAUGGAAGGAUUGUUAAAGGUGAUGGAAAUGGAAAUUCUUCACUGUCUUAUCAGAUUGAUUUUAUGCAGAAACUGCCUGAGUAUGUGAAUAUUGGAUUUUCGGCUUCGACGGGUCUUUCGACGGAAAGUAAUAUUAUUCAUUCUUGGGAGUUUAGUUCGAAUUUGAAAUCGGACUCGUCGGAGGAUGUUCUGUUGGAGGGAAAUGGAGGAAAAGGGUCGUUGAAAACGGUUGUGAUUGUUGUUGCUGUUCUUGUUCCAGUUAUUUUGGUAUUUUUGAUAGCUAGUGUUGUUGGUUGGUUGAUAGUGAAGAGGAAAAGGAAGAAUGUAGAUGACGGGCUUGAUGAAUAUGGAAUACCUGUUUCGGCGAAAUUUGAUUUGGAUAAAGCGACAAUACCGAGAAGAUUCGAAUAUAGCGAAUUAGUUGCAGCUACUAAUGGUUUUGCUGAUGAUAGAAUGCUUGGAAGAGGAGGGUAUGGACAAGUUUUCAAAGGCGCUUUGAGUUAUUUAGGAAGAGUUGUUGCUGUGAAGAGGAUUUUCGCCGAUUUCGAGAAUUCAGAAAGAGUUUUCAUCAAUGAGGUUAGGAUUAUAAGCCGUUUGAUACAUAGAAACUUGGUUCAGUUCAUAGGUUGGUGUCAUGAACAAGGUGAGUUUCUCUUAGUUUUUGAGUACAUGCCUAAUGGAAGCCUUGACACACAUUUAUUUGGUGACAAGAAAAGUUUGGCUUGGGAAGUAAGGUACAAAAUUGCAUUAGGCGUCGCGAAUGCGCUUCGCUAUCUUCACGAUGACGCCGAGCAAUGUGUUCUUCACAGAGAUAUCAAAUCGGCUAAUGUGUUGUUGGACACUGAUUUCAGCACGAAACUCGGCGAUUUCGGGAUGGCGAAACUGGUUGAUCCAAUGUUGAGGACACAAAGAACAGGUGUGGUUGGAACAUAUGGUUAUCUAGCACCUGAAUAUAUCAAUGGUGGAAGGGCUAGUAAAGAAUCUGAUAUGUAUAGUUUUGGAAUUGUUGCUUUGGAGUUAGCAACUGGGAGAAGGGUUUUUCAAGAUGGUGAGUUUCAUGUGCCUUUGAUGAAUUGGGUUUGGGGACUUUAUGUUGAAGGGAAUCUCAUGAGUGCUGCUGAUGAAAGAUUGAAUAUGGAAUUUGAUGUUAGUGAAAUGAAGAGUUUGCUUAUUGUAGGGUUAUGGUGUACUCAUUCAAAUGAUAAAGAAAGACCUAAGGCUUAUGAAGUGAUUAAGGUUCUUCAAAAUGAAAUGGCAUUACCUGAACUUCCACUCGAUAUGCAUGACCGCGCUCCUCCUAUUGUAGCCUUUAAGCCGCCAUCCAAUGCUCCCUCGUUGUCACCAAAUAUGACUAACAGUCUUGUCGCUGUUGGACGUUAG